UAAAACAAUAAUAUCAAAUGGGAAGAAAGAUGUAGAGAGAGGAGAGAACUAGGGUUUACGACCAUGAUCCAAGGAAGUCUCCCUCUUUGCAAUAAGAUGAGAACCAAUGUUGUUGUUCCUUUGGAUCUGCAGAUUGAGAUUCUUAGCCGGUUGCCUUCAAAAUCCCUAGUUAGGUUUAUGCUCGUAUCUAAAUCAUGGCAAGAAAUCAUCAGCAGCAAGAGUUUCAUCAGAUUAAGAUCUUUGACUUGGCCUUUGCGUUUCCUGCUCGUUUUAAAGGAAUUCGACUACCAAAAGGGACGCCUAACCUUCAACUUCUUCUCUUCAUCUUCUCUAUCGUUGUCAUCAACAUCAAUAUCAACCACUUUUCUAUCCAAAAUAACUUUUCCUCUCCGUCAAGCCGGGCAUCCUAUAUAUUACGUUAAUGGUCUGAUAAACAUUGGUGAUAUCAUAUGCAACCCUUGCACCGGAAAGACCGUAUCUUUACCAAAGCUUGCCGCUAGUGGAGGAAGUAUAGGCAGACGCUUUUUCGGAUAUGAUCCUGUCAAUAAUCAGUACAAAGUAUUGUGUAUCACCCACCAUAAUCUUGGAGGACACGCAACGCUGCAGUUUAAUCGCUAUCAUGUAUUCACAUUAGGAGCUAAACCUAAAAAAUGGAGAUUUAUCGAUUGUGGCAUUCCUCACACAGAUUGGUCUAGCUGUCUGUGUAUUGAUGGGUUUGUGUACUACAUUGCGAGCACAGACGCAGGAUUGAUGUGUCUGAUGAAAUUCGAUUUGAGCUCUGAGAAGUUGAAUAUCUUUGCUAGAGCCUCUGAGGAAAUGAAAGCUUCGUUUUCACAUUUCAACAGUUAUAAAACUUUGAUAAACUACCAUGGCAAAGUAGCCAUAGCCAUUCAACGUUCUCACUUAGUGCCGUCAAUUGAUUUGUUCGUUUUCGAAGAAGGAAAACAGGAGUACAAAGCGAAGUCUUUCAAUAAUCUUCCCCGGCUUAAUUUACGUACGAAAUGUGUUAUUAAUCAUAUGGAUGAUACUAUUUUUGCACCUGUCUAUUCCGAAAGUGAGGCUACUAUUAUCCACCACGAUUUCAAGGGACACAGUUUUAAGAAGAUGAAGUUUGAAGUUGAUGUAAAGAAAGAUUGGUUUCAUGAAACAAACUAUUUUGUGGGUUACGUAGAGAGUCUCAUGAUGAUUUAAGCUAGGUAGAGUUUAUUAUUUCCCUCGUUUGUUGUGGGACACUAAAGUUGAUGUCUCUUAUCUCAACAUGUUUUUUUUCUCUUUUGGUUGCUUUCACUCUUCCUACAGGCUACAGAUAUUAUUAUUCUAUUUAUUCGAUAUAUAUAUUGUUGCGAGCACGGACACAUCAGUGUGUCUGACGCGUGAUAUUCGAUUUGAACUAUGAAAAGUUUGACUAUCUUUGCGAGGACGGACACACAGGCUGCGGACACAUCAGUGUGUAAUAUUUGUAGCAUGGCAAAGUAGCUAUAGCAUUCUACCAUGGUUUGAUUACUUGAUUAGAUUUUAUAUAGGGGGUGUAACGAUGUAUUAGAAAAGUCAACAGUAGCAUCUUUAUAUAAGGAGAAUCAAAUUUGAAGACUUGAAUUGCACUCAAAAUCAAAAUUGCACUUAGGCGAAGGACCUAUGGUAAUUGAUAAUGGGCUUGGCCCAAAUAAACGGCUAAAAAGCCUUUCUUGUUUUCCUCUCAUUAUAAAUACCAGUGUGCCAUCUUCAGACCAAAGUUUCUGUUUUCUUUGGUCGGGGUUCUCUAGAGAGAGAGAGAUUCUUUCGUCUUGUUGAAGAACAAACCCGACAUUCAAAAAAGAAAAAAGAGAGACACAAACACUAUACACAGAAAGAAAGAGAAGGAUCGUCCCUCGGAGGUUAAAGACUUGUCGGGGAUUGUUGGAUUGUAACGGAAUAAAGUGAAAUCUGUCGGGAAUUUUGUUCACAUUCUGUCGGAAAGAGGUUGUCGGCUGGCUAUAAGGUGCUUUGAGAUGCUCAUAUCUUAAUCUGAUGGGCUAUUGGGUGAUGGUAAAGAAAGUUUGGGAGCUUUUAAAGUGAGAUUUUGUUGGAUAUGGUGGGCUGGAUCAUAGUCUCUGAUCUGGUUAGGUGCCACUGGGAUAAAAGAUCUAGAAAGUAACUGAAGUGGUUUAAAGUAUACCACUUUAAGGGAACUUGAGAGAGGGGAUAAAAGUGCCAAUGUCUCGUUGCUUCCCGUUUCCACCACCAGGAUAUGAGAAGAAGAAGAUUAGAACCGAGGAGGCUGACUCUUUAGUAAAGG